CUCUGAAGAGAUUCAAAACGUAAACAUGGCGGUGAGACACUAAACCACGAAUCUACAUAUUUAUCGCCUUUAUUCCUCGCCAUGCUGCUUAGAUGACCUUUCUAAUUGGUGGAGAAGACGAAAUAGGGACGUGUUGACCUACCUGUGCUUAAAAACUUCGCAGAAACAGUACAGUGUGUUGAGUGCCAUGGAGUGCAAGAGUGCCAGCGAGGGUGCCAACUGUGGAGGGGACGGGGGCAUCAGUGUGUGUGAGGAUGGGGGAGCAGGCUGGCUCACCUCCACCCCCCACCCACCCCGCCGCCCCCUCCAGCACCUCAACACAGCCUCUCCCAGGCCUCCCCUCACCCCAUACAGGUACCAUGGCUGCAAGGCAAUACCAGAGGAGAGGGAGGAUCAGGAGAACAUUGAUCCUGCCAGUAAGGUGAUCCAGGAGUCUUGUGUCAGUGUGAAGUCUAGUGGCAUGUCCCCGGAGAACACCAACACCACACACACAGGCUCUGGUUCCUCCCCAUUUGCUUACCCAUUAAUCUGGGAAGCCUCACACUCCACCACCUCCUCCAGUCCCUCCGAGAAGAAGCCUAUCGCAGACCUGACCACCUGGAGGAGCCCUGUCAGCCACUACAGGGCCACAGAGAGCCAGGCCAAGGAGGAGGUGAAGGAGGAGGAGGGAAAGGAAGGGAAAGAAGGAGGUGGGAAGGUGAGGAACAGAAGUGGGUCAAGUAGUGAAGUGUCGCUCAGUAAGGUUGCCUGCCAUGGACCCUCCGUCACGCCGUCCAAGGCCCCACACACACAGACACUUAGUAACACCUCCUCGCUCUUCCUUACGCCCUCCAGUAGUAUGCACAGCAGUCGGCCAUGGGAGAGUCGCGGCGGACAGACCCCAAAGCAGCAGCGUGUGGCCUUUUCUGCCUCGGGGCACGUCAAUCCGUUCGAGGUUGGGGCAGAGAGCCUGUAUCUGUCGGCGGUGAGUCCGUCUCUGUUCCGGCAAGUGGUGUCGCCGAGCCAGAAGACUGACAUGAACUUCCGCUGGUCCAUAGAUCAGAUGGCGACGCUGGAACCCGUGAAUAUUGAGACGUCGCCAUUCAUGCAGGUGGAGACAUUCGUGGACCCUGAGUAUGAACGCCAAGCCCAAGAUGCCAUUGACAGGUUCUUCACCCAGUCAGUGAUUCCGAGCCCCUGGACUGGCAGUAACAAGUCAGUCAGUGUGGUGAAGAAGAUGUGUGUGCAGCAGUCCCAGGCCAGCCCCUCCCUGCCCCUCCCUCGCACUCAAUCAGUGUGGUGUCAGACAGAGCUCACCCUCCCGCCUGUCCUGCCCGUGGCCUUAGAAGAGGCACUCAAACCCUUCUGUACCUUCACCCAGAAUCAGGGUUGGCAGGGGUCCAGUGAGGGAGACGAGGCUGGCUGUCUGAACAACACAACACUGCGUCGGAAGUUACUGUUUGGGCACGACGACCUGGCCAGCAACACUCCUAGCUCUCAGGGUGGCAGCGAGCCUUCCUCCCCAUCACCUCCCCGCUCCCUCCAUGACCUCAGGAGCCCCACACAUGCAGCAGAGGGCCACAAGAUCACGGAGGAGGAGGUGGAGGACGUAGGCUUGGUGUGGUGUACAUCUCCCCUCGCCCCUGGAAGUAUAAGUGAGGAGAUAGAAGGUGGAAGUAAAAUGCGACAGUCCCCUCACACAUCCCCCUCAGCCCAUGGCCCAGCACUCUCCAGCACCACACAGGCAGCACUCAGGCCACACACCGAGGAUAAACUGCUGUCACCAGAUAUUUCACCAAUCCACCAUCACCAGUACAGCGACACAGAAGUAAAGCAGACAGUGUCGUGUGUGUCGCUGGAAGGAAGUUACCUGGAGCUGCCACACGCCACCAACACCUUCGCCUUUGCUAACAAAGUGUCUGCUGUGUCGUCUGGUCCUCACCUCAGUGCCUCGUUAGUGUCAGGUGCUGGUGAGUCCUCAGGUACAGGGAACCAGUGGAGAAGAAGCACAGGAGAGCAGCACACGUUUUCACCCACACACAGCAGCACACAGCACCACCAGCAGCCCUGUAUGGAAGCUAUGGGGUCUGAGGUGUUUAUGGGAACUGAGGAGGAGGCGGCAAAGGAGGAGGAGGAAGAUGAGAGGCAAAAGAUAGUGAGCAUGAAGGACAGUUUCUCCUCCCAAGAUGAUGACCAGGAUAUGAAGUGUCGGUCGCCUGUCACCUCCUCACCCACUGCACAACUCAGGGCUUCCUCGAAUUCUGGUCACUUCUCCUCUAGUCCCCGCCAAGACCUCUCCCACAGCCCCCUCGAGGUGGACUCCCCCGCCAGGAAGUUCUCAGUCUCCCCUCCUCUCUCCCCAAUCUUCUGCCGGCCUCUACUGUUCCCCACCCAGCCGUCCUGUCGCCCUCAGUCAGUCAAUGUGAAAGAGGUGAAGGGCGGGCUGGAGGUGACCCUGAUGGAGGAGAGCGAGGUGUGCUGUGUCCCUGCGGCCGCCACCACCACACUGCCGCGCUGCUCCACCCUUUGUGAUGUGGAAAUGGACUCUCAGCCUUUGGUGGAGCAGAGCCAUCUAGGGGAGGAGAUGGCAAGCCAGGACACCGGGUACCAGACAGCCAGCGCCACCAGUCUUCUCACCAGCAACUACAGCACCACCACCUUCCCUCAGGACCCAGCACCAUUAGCACCCAUGUCCGACACCACCAAGCACUCCCUUCCCACCAGUAAAGAGUGCAGACCUAGUAUUGUUUAGUUAGGUUAGGUAAGGUCAUGAACAGCUGUGGUAUAAGGUCUUAGGCGAUGUGUGUGUGUAUUUACCGUUUUACCUAGUUGUAGUUUUACAGGGCCUGGGCUUUAUGCUCGUGUGUGUGUGUGUGUGUGUGUGCUUUGCCAGCCACAUAUACAGAGCAAUAGGUAAGAGAUCACUGCCAUAUUGAUAGUAUUGAUAUUGUGAAGCUCAAGUAGGACAUAAGAACACCAAGGGAAGUCAAGUAGGACAUAAGAACGUAAGGGAAGGUGCAAGCCAGCGUACACAUUAUUAGAGGUUCUUUAAUGCUUCUAGAGUCAUGUCCGCCUAUCACUUCCAUCUAUGUAUUGGUGUGGUCUCUUUAAAACUCCUUUGACUCCAUACUAACACCCUGAGUGAGUCUUGCUGUUGUCCAAAUAUCUAAGAACUUUCCAUUGCUGCCAUGACUAGUAAUAUAAUUGAGUCUUUUCUAAGCAUCUGAAAACACAUUUGAUGAUUUUUUUCUCCCUAUUUUCAUAUCUAACAUUUAUGGAAGCUUGUAUCUUUUACUCCUUAAUUCUUACCUGAUCCUGAAUUAAUUGAGUCUAUUCUAAAAAUCUGAAAGCACAUUUUACAAUUUUUUCUUCCUACUGUAUUUUUUCAUCUAAUGUUUAUCAAAGCUUGUAUCUGUUACUGUACUUCCAAAUUCUUAUUCCUUACUUUAGGAAUCUUGUCUGUCCUUUUCUUUCCUUCUAGAUCUAAUGUUUAUCAAAGCUUGUAUCUGUUACUUCAUAAUUCUUACCUUAUUCUGAUUAACUUGAGGAGUCUUGUCUGCCUGUUGUUAUAUGCCAUAGGAGACUUCAAUACCUCCAGAUCUCCUCUUAAUCUUGUUCCAUCUUGAUUACUAAGUGUAGAAAUCUUUUCCAUGCAUUGUUAUAUUCCUUAGGAGACAUGAGAAUCUCCAUUAGAUCUCAUCAUAACCUUGCCCUAUCUUGAUUUACUAACUUGGAAUUUGGUUGCCUUUUGUUAUACACCAUAGGAGACUUCAGUACCUUCAGAUCUCCUCUUAAUCUUGCCUUCCACUCAUUGCUAAGUUUAAUAUUGUUUGCACCUCCCUUGCUACAACACUGUGAUGUAAACUCUGCAAUCGCCUCUUGUUUAUGGAACAGGUGGAGGUGGUGGUGGUGCUAAUGAAGACUUAAGAGUGUGUAUCUGCGUGUGUGUGUGCAUCUGCGCCAUCAGAACAAAUGUAAGUGCCUUGUGAAGUGUUCAGUGUGUGUUUUCAGGAGGUUUAUACGCAAAUGAGUGUCUCGUAAUUUCUUGAGUGUGUUUUCAGUAUUAUGGUUAACAAACGAGAAUAUUCAGUGCCUUGUGAAAUCUUUUGGGUGUAUUUUGAAAUGAGUUUAUUAUUUUGUGAAAUCUUUAACAUUCUUCUCUCUAACUAUGAACAAAUGACUACAGUAUUGAGUGCAUUGUGAAAUCUCUGGUGUUUAAGUCUUCUGUGUGAGUGUGAGAAGAGGUAUUACAGUUUUCAAUACCGUAUGUGUUUACGUAGAUGUAUGUUACAGGGUUCGAGUGGGGAUUAUAGUGAUCUGUCUCCAUAUCUACAUUUUAUCUAACUUUUCAUUAAAUUUGUGCACACUUUCUGCUGUUACAAUCUCAUCACUUAAUCCAUUCUAGACAUUCAUCAUCCUAUGUGGAAAACUGAACUUUUAAUGUUUCUCAGGCACUGACUUUUCAUGAUCUUGGAAUGUCCUCUUGUUCGUCUAUCUCCAUCCUCCAUUAGUGUUACCAGGUCUUCUCUAGCUAUCUUUUCCAUAUGGUUUUCUAACUUAUACAUCGUUAUUAGGUCCCCUCUUUCCUGUCUAUCCUUCAAGGUUGGUAAUUCCAUUUCCUUCAGUCUUUCUUCAUAGGGAAGAUCCUUUAUUUCUGGGAUCAUCUUUGUAGCAGUCCUUUGGAUUCUUUAUAGUUUACCUGUAUGGUGACCACACCACUGCUGCAUAUUCUAGUUUAGGUCUUAUCAUAGUGGUUAUUAUCUUUUCCAUCAUACUCUUAUUCAUGUAAUUGAACGCCACCCUGAUGUUAGUUAGUGUCUCAUAUGUUGAUGCAAAUAGCCCAUUUGUGUGUCUUUCUGGAGUUAGGAUGUCUCAAAUAAUCACUCCCAGGUCUUUCUCUUCACUCCUUUUCAUUAUAAUCUCUUCUCCCAUUAUAUAUUCCCAUGUAGGUCUUCUAUUAGUUUUACUCAUUUCCAUUACAUGGUAUUUCCUGGUAUUAAAUUAUAAUUUCCACUUUUGGAUCCAGUUCCAUAUCUUGUCAAUAUCUUUCUGCAAUUCCAUACAGUCCUUACUACUCUCAAAAGUUCCACAUCACCAGCAAACAAAUUUAUGUAGUUACUCAAACCCUUUUGUAUAUCAUUGACAUAUACUUGGAACAUAAUUGGUGCCAGCACCAAACCCUGUGGUACUCCAUUGGUAACUGUGUUCCAGCGUGGUGGGGUGUCUCUUAUCGUUGCCCUAGUUUCCCUAUCUGGAGGAAAAUAAAGGAGGGAAAGAUGAAGAAGUGAAGCUAUUUGAGAUGUUUUUGGCUAGAUGCCAGAAGUCUCAAGGGGAGUUUGAGUUUGAAAGAUUUUAACAUUUUGUACUUAUGAAGGAUUGUUUGGUAAGUUGAAGAACAGGCUUGGCAUGAUUCCGGGCAGAGAUAUAAAGUGCGAGAGAUUCAGGAGAUGGAAGACUCAAGUACAGGCAACCCCCUCUUAAUGAAGGGGUUACGUUCCU